AUGUCGGACGAAGAGGAUGCGGCCCCGGUUGCCUCAAAUUUCUCAAUGGAACCGUUUGAGAAAGAGAAGAGCAAAUGGGCGAGAUGGGUGAAGCGCCUUGAAGGAAGUUUUCGGAUGUUCAAUGUGCCACAAAAUCGCCAUAAGGACUAUCUCUUGCAUUAUAUGGGAGCUACUACGUACGAUUUGCUAUGUGACCAUUUGGGACCGGUGGAGCCAGAGACAAAAACUUACGCCGAGAUUGUUGAUACGCUGGGUGCAUUUUUCGAUCCCGAACCGCUGGAGAUGGUGGAGGUUUGGAAAUUCCGCACCCGUACACAGAAGGAAGGAGAGUCUGUUAAGGAAUUUGUUACGGAGCUGCAGCGCAACGCAAAAUUUUGCAAGUUCGAUGACUACCUGUCGAAGGAGCUACGAAACCAGUUGGUCUUCGGCUUACGGUCGAAACGGAUUCGAUCACGACUUAUCGAGGAGAAGCACCUUACAUUUGAGAAAGCUUUGGAGAUCUCCCUAUCGAUGGAGGCGUCAGGAGAGGGUGCAGAGAUUUUCGAGAAGCGACUACAGGAAGUUAACUACACGGAUAAUCGAUCAUCGCAGGUAACUAACAAUACUAAAAAGAAAUGUUAUCGAUGUGGAAGUGAGGCCCACUUGGCGAGUGUUUGUAGACAUAAAGAUACAGUCUGCAAUUUUUGCAAAAAGUUAGGGCAUCUUCAGCGGGUGUGCCUCAAAUUCCGAUCGAUGGGGGAACAGUCGAUACCGACUAAAGAUUACAAACGAUUGAAAUCAAGAAAGAAAAUGCAUACAAACCAAAUUAAUGAGGGAAGUAAUACUGACGAGAAGAGGGAAGAAUUUGAGGAAUCAGAGGUAGAUGAAGUUCUCACUCUGGAGAUUUGCAGGGUUGAAAAAUCUAAAUCUUUGUCGAAAGUUAUUCUACCAUUAAAUGUAAACAAAAGGGUCGUAAAAUUCGAGGUAGAUUGUGGUUCUCCCGUUUCGCUCAUGAGCCUUGAUGACAAGAAACUGUAUUUGAAUGAAUUGCCAUUGUGUAAAACUGACGUGGAGUUGAUAAGCUACUGCGGAAACAAAAUAGAAGUGUGCGGUUACGUGAAGGCGGAAGUUGAGCACGACAACUGUCUGAAUCUGAUGCGGUUGUUUAUUGUGAAAACAGGACGUCAUCCUUUGCUGGGUCGUGAGUGGAUGCGGGAGCUGAAAGUCGACUGGAAUGAGAUUAUUCGGAAUCCAGCGUCAGUCGUGGGAGCUAUUGCUGACAGUAUGCCAGGUAAACACUUGUCUGGUGCCGUGGGGAACCUGAUUGAAGAAUUUUCUCGAGUUUUUGAUUCAUCAGUGGGUACAAUACGAGGCGUGAAAGCUGCAUUACACUUCAAACCUAACAGUAAACCGGUCUUCAUGAAAGCGCGUACUAUUCCGUUUGCCAUUCGUGAGACUGUGGAGCGUGAAAUAAAAAGCAUGGUGGAUAGCGGAAUACUAAAGAAGGUGAAGAGUAGUGCCUGGGCGACCCCUGUAGUGCCAGUCAUGAAGUCUGCGGGUCGAGUACGAUUGUGCGGUGACUACAAGGUGACGGUAAAUAAAUGCCUUCUGGUAGACGAACACCCCUUGCCGACCAUUGACGAGCUGUUUUCGAAUAUGGCCGGAGGAAAAAAAUUCACGAAGUUAGAUCUGGCGCAAGCUUACCUUCAAAUGGAAGUCCGAGAAGAAGACCGAGAAUCCCUUACUUUGAACACCCAUCUUGGACUCUAUCAACCAACACGUCUAAUGUACGGUGUAUCUUCGGCGCCAGCGAUUUUUCAGCGAGAAAUUUCUCAGCUGCUGGCCGACAUUCCAGGAGUCUCAGUCUUCCUAGACGACAUCAAGGUGACUGGUCCGACUGAGGAGGAACACUUGCGGCGACUGAAGAUAGUUCUACAGCGACUGGAGGAACAUGGUAUGCGGCUGAACGUGGCAAAGUGUGAAUUCUUUGCAGAUUGCAUCGAAUAUUGUGGAUUCGUUGUGGACAAAGAGGGUAUACGGAAAAUGAAAAACAAAGUAGACGCUAUACAGGAAAUGCCGAGACCACGCAAUCGUGAACAAGUUAGAGCGUUUGUGGGUCUUAUCAACUAUUACGGCAGAUUUAUGAAGAAUUUAAGCAGUCGCAUUUACCCUAUCAACAACCUUUUGAAGGACAAUGUAACUUUCAAGUGGGACGAUGAUUGCGAGAAGGCAUUUGUGUGGGUCAAAAACGAGAUGCAGUCGGAUAGAGUCUUGGCACAUUACGACCCGAAGGUUCCACUCGUUUUGGCAAGCGACGCCUCGCCCUAUGGCGUUGGAGCGGAGAAUGCAAAUGCGGACGCUAUGUCUCGACUACCGAUCCAAGAUACGAAUAACCAACACCGAAUUGAAGAAGUGGAUCUCGUCGUCAUCAACCAAAUCGAAACCUUACCCGUUACAGCUGAGCAUCUCGCGGAAUGUACCAAGGAAGAUUCCAAAGUGAAAGUGUUGUUACAAGGCCUUAAAAUAGGAAGAAGCGUAGCAGGGUGUGACAGAUUCGGCAUCGACCAAAGCGAAUUUUCGAUCCAAAAAGGUUGUCUGGUGAGAGGUCUUCGAAUCUACAUUCCUCCUAAGCUGCGACGCCAAGUACUGGAAGAGUUGCACACGGGACACUUUGGGGUAUCCAGAAUGAAAUCUUUAGCUCGUUCGUAUUGCUGGUGGGAGACCAUCGACCGCGAUAUUGAGCAACUGUCAAGGGACUGCAUAGAAUGUGCCAGAAUACGUAAGAAUCCUGUUAAAACUACACCGCACUAUUGGGAACAAGCUACGGAGCCGUUUCAGCGUAUACACAUUGAUUUUGCAGGUCCGUUUCUAGGGCUGCACUUUUUUGUGAUUGUAGAUGCUUUUACAAAGUGGCCGGAGGUCAAAAUCAUCCCCGACAUGACAACCGAAACAACCAUCGAACGUCUGCGAGAAUAUUUUGUGACCUAUGGUGUUCCGUCGAUCAUCGUUAGUGAUCGAGGGGUCCAGUUUACCUCAGAUCAAUUCAAGGUUUUCAUGGAACACAAUAACAUCACGCACAAAAUGGGAGCUACAUACCACCCAGCCACGAACGGCCUAGCUGAACGGUUCGUUCAGACCUUUAAAGAUAAGUUGAAGGCACUGAAAUGCGAUAAGAAGGACGUCCAGUUCGAGCUCCAUAAAGUAUUGAUGGCGUAUCGGCGAACAGUACACCCAGCAACUGGAAAGUCGCCGUCAAUGUUGGUGUAUGGGAGACAGAUGAGAUCCAGGCUAGACUUGCUGGUUCCUGCUAGUGUUUCAGAUGAUUCAACUUGCAGGGGUGAAGAGAAUGUGCGAUGUUUCCAGGUGAAUGAAAGAGUAGCAGCACGAGACUUCCUGGGAUCUUCAAAGUGGCAAUUCGGCACGGUUAAUGAACGGAUGGGGAAGCUUCACUAUAUGAUCGAGUUGGAUGAUGGUCGAAUCUGGAAGCGGCACGUGGAUCAAAUAAGAGCGGGACCAUUGAAGCAAGACACCGAAACCUGGCACGAGUUGUUCAACAAACCUCAUCGAGAUACUGCGACACUUUACUCCAGUCAUCCUAUUUUAGCUGGCAAUAACGGUAUUCAACAACGUGAGGUCGCACCUCAGCGAAUAACUGAUUACCAUUCUGCCAAUAGUUCCCCAGAGCCAAUCCUGGAAGAGAAUAACACAUCUUCGAGAGUGAUUGUCAAAAAGGUUCCGAGCGAAGCGACUGUAAGAAACAGAUUGUAG